UUGUGCAAGCGUGUGUCAGAGCUGCUGUGAAGAGACAUCGGAUGCGCAAUGUCCCAACAGUCUGAGACAGGUUUCACGAAUCCUGGAAGUUGCUGGUGUUUGUGGUUACCUCGGAGGAAAGAUUUCAUAUAUGAAGAUUUGUAGUGAGAAGUUCAAGAGGUUGGAGAAUUCUCCACUGGGAGAGGCACUAAGACAGAGAGAGCAGCAUCGUCUGCCAAUGUUUCCUCGCGAGCAGCCUCAGUUAAGUGAUCCAGACAAAACUCAGUCAUUCUCCUAUGAGAAAGAUGUCACUUACAGCGACUCCAUGACCUCAGCAUAUGACCCCCAACUCUCUGAGCCGUCGCACGUUGAGGAGGAUGUACAAAAGAAAGCCAUUCUGUACGAAGAUCUACGGACUCGCAACAGAGAUAACUAUGAUAUCACAGUGACUCAGAAAGUAGGUGUACCGCUAAAGCAUCCAGCAGACAUCAAACCGGCCAAACAAGGAAAGAAGAAUAUAUAUGGAGACACGUGGGAGGAGUGAGAGUCGAUCUAGAUUCACUAGCUGCUAUUUAAAAAUGUUCUAUGCUGUAGUUAACAAAGAUAUUUAAAAAUAAAGAUGUAAGUGUAAA